GAAAGGUUAGGCCAUGCACAACUCAAGGUGCUGUUUACUGUUUGUUUUUGCACUAUCAUAUUUUGUGCGUAAUACUCCAGCAACAGUUGUUUUUGAUUUCAACCAUGUGGAGCGAUGCAAGGACUCCCUGUACAUGGGAACACCGCCGCGAGGGUUCACCGACAUCAGGCUGAAAAAAAUCUGCCAGCGUUAUGCAGACAAGCCUCGUUUUGUGACUCUCUACGACCCCCUGAAACGAAUACCGAUUUACUCAGCAUACACCUUCAAGAAGACCGAGGGAGACAGGCGUGUGGACUACCCUUGGAUGUAUGAGCCACAGCUGGCAGAGAUCGAUGGGAAUGGCAACAUGCUGCCCUUCCCCACCGGCUACCUGCACAUGAAGUUUGAAGACAGCCAGGCAGUCCUUGACGAUUACUCCGACGUGGUCCUCUAUGAGAGGGGUCACCUGAACCCGGACCAGCACCAGUCCGACCCGUAUGACCGUGCUGCCACCUACACCCUCACCAACGUGGUGCCGGAGAUUCGGGAGUUCAACAUCGGGCCGUGGCGCGAAUACGAGGAGCGCAUCCGCACCCGCCUCAACAACUACUGCCGCGGCACUGCCUAUAUCGUCACUGGCGUGACAACGACGGGCAACAUGAUCCGACGGAACAACCAGGACCGCGUCGCCAUCCCCGAGGACGUGUGGUCAGCGUACUGCUGCACUGAGUAUGACCGCAACGCGCCCCAUGACGUCCGCAUCCGCUUUCCCUCGCAGGGCGCCGUAGCCAAGAACUCCAAGGAGGGCAACCGAGUCAAUGAGAUGCCCGUCCAAGAGCUGGAGAUCUUCCUGAAGAGUCGGAUGGACGUGGAUCUAAAUUUCCAGAUGUUCUACGAUAACUGCAUCUCUCCGUCGCCACUUCCCAUUUACCUCCACCACACCAUCUGAGGGCCCGGCCGCUCACUGCUCCUCUGGGCACACAAUCGGUCCCUAUUACUAUGGAAGUUCAUACAGCCCAUGUAAUAUUAUUAUUAUGGGUUCCGUUAUCUCAAGAUCACGACUUAUUUAUCUCGUGAUCAUGAGAUAACAGAACCCAAAAUAACAAUAUUGCAUGGCCUCUAUGGACUUCCAUACAUAACCUGUGAUAGAUACCUAUUUUUUUUUCUUCUGACAAGUCAAGGCCUGCACUUAAAAUAAAUGCACAUGCUUUAUUUUCUGCUAUGCAAAAAUGAAGCUUUCUCUUAAGAUUCUUAUAUUCUGAGGUAAGAUGGGUUGCCACUGG